CGCAAACCUCGCGAGAGACGAGAAGUCGUCCGGAGAAACUCCGCGAACGUCCGAGCUGAGGAAGGCGGCAGACCAGGGGGACCGAGCAUAUAGCCGCUCAGCCAGCUGCAAACAUCGGCCAGCGAGCUUUCUGAAUAGCUUUAAGUACGUCGCUAUCGCAGCAGUAAUAACCCAGGGGCGCGGCUCUUGCUGCCUGAGUCCCAGCUGUUGCAAUGACAGAGCUGCGGCACCGUGGCCCGGCGGAGACCGACUUACAAGCAGCGGAAGAUUUCAGGGGUCUGGACAAAGAUGGAGCACCUGAUGGAGAAGCUCAUUCGGACAGCGAGGCCAAGGGGGAUAUGGGGGUGCCCGAUGUUCCUGCCCCCCCUGACGACACCCCGGAGGUCCUCAACAAAGCCCUCUCUGGCCUUUCGUCACGCUGGAAGAAUUGGUGGGUGCGGGGCAUCCUCACGCUGGCUAUGAUCUCCUUUUUCUUCUUCAUCAUCUACCUGGGCCCCAUGGUGCUCAUGAUGAUUGUCCUGUGUGUGCAGAUCAAAUGUUUUCAAGAAAUUAUCACCAUUGGCUACAGUGUGUAUCACUCCUACCAUCUACCCUGGUUUAGGACACUGAGCUGGUACUUCCUGCUUUGCGUUAACUACUUCUUCUAUGGCGAGACGGUGACUGAUUACUUCUUCACCCUGGUGCAGCGGGAAGAACCGCUGCGAAUCCUUAGCAAAUACCAUCGCUUCAUCUCCUUCGCCCUCUACCUGACAGGUUUCUGCAUGUUCGUGCUGAGCCUGGUGAAGAAACACUACAGGCUGCAGUUUUACAUGUUUGGCUGGACCCAUGUGACCCUGCUGAUUGUCGUGACCCAGUCUCACCUCAUCAUCCACAACCUCUUCGAGGGAAUGAUCUGGUUCAUCGUUCCCAUCUCCUGUGUCAUCUGCAAUGACAUCAUGGCCUACAUGUUUGGCUUCUUCUUUGGCCGGACGCCGCUCAUCAAGCUCUCCCCGAAGAAGACCUGGGAGGGAUUUGUCGGCGGCUUCUUCUCCACCGUCGUCUUUGGGAUUCUGCUAUCCUACGUCAUGGCGGGCUAUCGCUACUUCGUCUGCCCGGUGGAGUUCAACAGCGACUCCAACAGCUUCACCGUGUACUGUGAGCCGUCCGACCUCUUCCAGCUGCAGGAGUACGCGUUGCCUGCCGCCCUCCAGUCCCUUACCGGCUGGACCACCGUCCACAUGUACCCCUUCCAGAUCCACAGCAUCGCCCUUUCUGCCUUUGCCUCCAUCGUGGGUCCGUUUGGGGGCUUUUUUGCCAGCGGUUUCAAGCGAGCGUUUAAGAUUAAGGACUUUGCCAACACCAUCCCCGGCCAUGGUGGCAUCAUGGACCGCUUUGACUGCCAGUACCUGAUGGCCACAUUCGUCAACGUCUACAUCGCCAGUUUCAUCAGGGGUCCGAACCCCUCCAAAGUCAUCCAGCAGCUCCUCGCCCUGCGACUGGACCAGCAGCUCCAAAUUUUUAACUCUCUGAAGGCUCACCUGACGGAGAGAGGGCUGCUGCCUGCCAAUGAGGUGGCGCCGUAGGUGGAGUAGGCGGAGACGGAGGGGGUGGGGCCUGCGGCUGGUAGCACUGAGGCGCAGAGGCCAUCGGUGCGGGCCGUACCAUUCAGCACGCGGGUUGUUGGUAAUCAGUUGUACGUUUUGUCUUAGCCAAACUGUUUUCGAGCUCGGCUGCGAGGCCAGCUGUAAGUGUCAUGGGUAAACAAAGGCUCGGGAAGAGCCCGUAGCAAGAGUGGGCUGUACGUGGCAUUUACAGCGUGACCUCCUCCGCAGAAUAGUUUCUGUUUAUUAACUGUUCAAUUUACUGCAAUAUAUAUUUAUAUGUUGGUGUGCUGAAGUUUUGUUUUGAAUAUUAUUGAAGUAGAAUAUUCAUCAGAAAGAUUAUUUGAUAUGUACAGGUCUCUAUAUACUGUUUCUGUAUGUUGUUUUAUAUGUAGGGUAGCAGAAAUCCACUCACUGACCCAUGGUAUAUUUUUCACAUGAACUGCUUUAUGGAACACGCGUGUGAAAAGCUACAAGCUCACACUGAGGACCAACCGGUCGGCGUGUGCAGGUGUGGGGAGAAGAAUCACAGAUUCAUGUGAAUCCUGAGGGAAACUGGGAAUUUUGUGUACGGUCCCGAGUCGAGGGUGUACACAGGCCAUCGGAAAGCUCCGUGUUGUUUUAAAGUAAGUUUGAGUCCCGUGCCAAGGUCAGCAAAGUGCAUUGCAGCCUUUCUAACCAGACAAACAGCGCCCCCCUCUCACCUGGAGUCUCAUGGUUGACAUGAGUCAUUUUUGCCACGAUUCUACAUUGUGACAUGACUGUCUGAUUAGUGUCAUAUAAUGAUCUUUCAGGUAUUUUCUCCGGAUCCCGAAAGUCAUAGGUGUUUGUUUUUGUAGGAUUUUUGGGGGAAAAUAUGAGAAGCAUGUUUGACAAACUACAUACAUGCCUGAACUUGGGCAAGUCCUGUGAAGAUUGACUACCUGAUACAGCGACUACUGUUUGGCACUCGUAUCACCUGUUUUUUAAUUUGUUUUAACUUUGUGUUUGCAAUACUGGUUUCUAAGCAACUCUGUCCUGUCCUCCUGUUCUUGGGCUUUAUGGUCCAUGGGCCUUGAAUUCCUUGGUUUUAUCUGCUGUUUCUCUUGUUGUUGAUAUACGGGUUACGCUUGAACACAAUGGCAAUAUUUUUUAAACAUUUUUGCUUUGUUUUAUUUCCCUGCCUGUCUGCAGAUAUUUUUUGAAGUGGGUCCCUAUUAAGUACAUACUGGCUUUUGCUCUGGGAGACUGAAUGCUCCACCAUUGUUUGACACCAGUGCAGUUGACUGAUUUACAGGAGAAUCAUUGCAGCUGUGCAGGAGUGAUUACUGAGUGUUUUAUGGAUUCAGAGGAACUAAAUGGACCUGACUGCAGUGUCCAAGGAGGAGUGUGCCGUUUGGCUAUUGGUCAGUGGUAAAAGGUCAAGGGUCAUGGGCUGCCGGCUGCAAGAGGCAGAAGGUAAUCAUGGGUCCAGGGUCGUGAUUUGGCCAUGAAAUACGCAUCUCCACUCAAAGGUCUGGUUUGCUCGUCCGAUAGUCAGUAAUACUCAAGGGCAGUUUCGUUGGUAAUAAUAAAUAAUAAUAAUAAUGAAACGCUUAAAAUUAAUUGAAACCCAUUUGUUUGUCGUGGCUGCCCAUGACAUUGACAGCGCUGCCUGUUUUCCCCUUGCUGUGUAUGUAUAACCUCCAUUCACUGGGAACAAUCACUGGUGCGUCCUUCAAAGCCGCCGGCUGCCAUUUGAAAGGGUGAUUGAUCUCGGUCUGAUGAAAGCGCUUGUUACAGGCUUUGGUCGUGAAGUAUCACUGGUGUAGGAGGAUCCUUGUCAAAGUAGCAACCCCUGGCCUGAUGACACUGACACCAGGCAAAAGUAGCACAGCGGGCAAAUUAAAACAGUACGUGGGAGGUUCUGUGAAGCUGUGCCAAGGUGGCGGUCUGCCUCAUGUUUGUCUCCCCAGCAGACCGAGCAUGAAUUCUGUCAGCCUGCUGGCGAACACAGGUACCCCCCGCCCCCCACUUUUUUCCAACGGUUUGAGUUUGUUUCAGAAACGUCCAUGGGAUCAGCUCUCCUCUGGUGUCCAAUCAGGCAACCCGCUCCCUGUGUGCUCCGCCUCCGCUGAUCACAUGACCCUGACCAAUGAGAGGGUGGCCUGUCACAGCAUGGUUGUGUUUACCCUGUCAGGCUCCCAUUUGUGACACGAUAAUAAACUCCUCUGUUGGCCUCAUCAUGUUGUUUUCUCUUUACCUUAAUAUCUAAUGUGCAGCUCAUGUUUUUUUUUGUUUAAUUCUGCUUGCAAAUGUUGUCAUAUCAAAAUCAGCUAUUUAGAGGUGAAAUUGUGUAGUUUUAUUAAUUGUUAUAUAACUCAUUGAUGGUUUGGGUUAUUGAUAGAGGCCGUUUAUUAAUGAAUGUUUACUGAUGGCCAUUUUUAUUUGUGUUCCACAGAGUUGGCUUUGCUCUCUGUGUGCCAUUAGAAAUCAUUUAGUUUGUCUGGCAAAGAGACGUAAUACUGACCUAAUGCUAUUGUAAUGAUAUUGUAUACAAUCACUGAGAUGUGGAGAAACACAUAAAUAAACCCCACAAAUAUUUUAAAAAAUAAAACCUACAGCUGUAGUAAUUUCUUGCUGUGACAUAGAGGUAAUAUUUUUCAGAUUCACUAUUGUAAGUUUUUUUUUUUUUUUUUAAUUAGUUAUAUAUACUGUAUUUUUCUCUGUUCCUAGAUGCUCCAGCAGAGGGGGCUCAGCUGUCAAAUGUUACGUACUUACAACUGUUACUUGUUAUGAUGAUAAUCAGAUUUUUUUUUAAUUUUAUGAAAUACUUAGGAUCUGUCGUCCUUAUUCCAGUCUGCUCUGGGCUGGUUUGCUCAGAGCCCAUUUUAAAGUUGGCUCUAUACUUAAAGUCAAACAUACAGUAAGUGGUACAUGUGUUACGUACACUGGCCUGCUAGCAGCUAACAAACGGGGAACACAGUCACAAAGACAUUCUAUGUUAAUAACACUUGUAAUGUUUCCUGUAUGUCUAAGAAAUGUCACUGCCUCGGGUCUUUGGGCCUGCUCAAAGGUUAUUAUUGUAAUUUUAUUAUUAUUGUCAUUAUUAUACUGUACUAUGAUGUUGCGUUUGGCAUUUUUUUUGACCCUGAAACAAUGCUCUUGCUCCUCCAGUAAGUGCUGUGUUGAGCUGUUAAAUGGUUAAUAAUAAAAAUAAUGAUCAUAACUGAA